AGGAAUCAUGCUUUUUAAGCACAAUGUCGCAUUUUCUAAACGCAAAGUCUAGUAGUCUAUUCCCCCUUUGGAAUUAGGUAACAGUUGCGUUAAUUUCUCUCUGUGUUUGCAUGGCGACAGUGAAGACGAUGGAGAAGCCAAACAAAAAGCAAGUGCUUCUCUUCUACUGCGUCGAAGCCGAAGAACUUGCUCGCAAAAUCGCCGCUCAAUCCGACCACAUUCAGCUCCAAUCCAUCAACUGGAGGAGUUUUGAUGAUGGAUUUCCUAACCUAUUCAUAAACAAUGCACAAGAUAUCAGAGGGCAGCAUGUUUCUUUUCUCGCAUCUUUCAGCUCCCCAUCUGUAAUAUUUGAGCAACUCUCUGUGAUAUUUGCACUUCCAAGGCUCUUUGUUGCUUCUUUCACAUUGGUAUUACCUUUCUUUCCAACUGGAUCCUUUGAAAGAAUGGAAGAAGAAGGAGAUGUAGCUACUGCAUUCACCAUGGCAAGAAUCUUAUCAAACAUUCCAAUAUCAAGAGGUGGUCCAACAAGCUUAGUCAUAUAUGACAUACAUGCUUUACAGGAAAGAUUCUACUUUAGUGACAAUGUUUUGCCUUAUUUUGAAACUGGGAUUCCUCUCUUGAAGCAACGACUUCACCAGCUUCCUGAUGCUGAUAAAGUUGUAAUUGCCUUUCCAGAUGAUGGAGCUUGGAAAAGAUUUCACAAGCUCUUGGAUCACUUUCCCAUGGUGGUUUGUGCAAAAGUUCGUGAGGGUGAUAAAAGAAUAGUAAGGCUGAAAGAAGGUAAUCCUGAGGGAUGUCAUGUGGUGAUUGUUGAUGAUUUGGUGCAAUCUGGAGGCACUUUAAUUGAAUGUCAGAAAGUUUUGGCAGCUCAUGGUGCAACCAAGGUGAGUGCUUAUGUCACUCAUGCAGUGUUUCCUAAAAACUCUUGGGAGAAAUUUACACACAAAAAUGGUGAAAACUCUAGCAAGGGAUUUGCCUACUUUUGGAUCACUGACUCAUGUUGUCCUACUGUGAAAAGCAUUGAAAAGAAAGCUCCUUUUGAAGUCUUGAGUCUUGCAGGAUCGAUUGCAGAUGCACUUCAAAUAUGAUGUGCAUUGGUUGGAUUGUUUAUGAAUUCUGAUGAUGAUGAUGAUGUUAUGGAGUGUUUAACGAUUAAACAGAGUAUUUAUCUGACUGUUGACUUGUGAUUAUCAUGUAAUCAUGCAUCUUUUCAUGGGAGACUUGGAAUCAACAAUAACUUAGAAUAACC